AUGGCCUCGACAAGACAGUACAGCAGCACGACGACCGAAGCUUCACCCUCCACCGCCCCUGCUCUGCCGCGGGUAUUGGUCAACGACAUGACCAACCAGGAGCUUAUCGUGGACUUCAACAGUGGAACAGCACUGCGGUACCCCUCGUUCUGGCUCAGAGACCACUGUCCUUGCUCGGCAUGCCAACACCCCAGCACGCAACAGAGACAGGUCGACACGUUUACCAUCGAUCCCGAAAUCAAAGUCUCUAGCAUACAGGCCACCUCGGCAGGAUUGGAAGUCGUCUGGCCAGUAUCAAGCGAGGCCACGAGCACCGACACCCAGACCAAGACCCAGCACCACAGAAGCAUCUACUCAUGGGAAUGGCUCCAAACGCACCCCCCAUUCAUCCAGGCCAGCGGCAAGACCACCUCAUCAACCACGCCACGUCGAACAUGGACGCACGUUCCUCCCCCUUCUGCCACCUCCUCCCUCCCCAGCGUGCCAUACGACUCGAUAAUCUCCACGACCUCUCCUUCCGCCUCCGGCUUGAAAACUUUCCUCCAAACAAUCCACACCCUAGGCUUCUGCCUCGUCCCACGCACGGCCCCAGACCCAGCAUCGACACAAUCACUCGUCGAACGCAUCGCCCACAUCCGGCCCACCCACUACGGCGGCUUCUGGGACUUCACCUCGGCCCCGAACCCGAUCGACACGGCCUACACGGACGACUACCUCCCUCCACACACGGACACGACGUACUUCACCGACCCCGCAGGCCUGCAGCUCUUCCACUGCCUCCAGCCCGCGACGCAGGGUGGCGGCGAAUCGACCUUUGUCGACGGCUUCGCGGCCGCGCAGCACCUCUACGCCACCUCCCCGCACCACUACCACGCGCUAGCCACCUACCCGAUCGUGUCGGCCGCGCUGGGCUCCCCAGCGGGCGCGUUCUACAACACGAAUGUCGCCCGCAGGGGGUAUCCCGUGCUCGUGCACUCGGCGCCCUUGCCCGGCGUGACCACCCCUUCCCCUGCCACGCUCGUGCAGGUCCGCUGGAAUAACCUCGACCGCGCGGCUCCCGGGACGCCGAGUUUCCCCAACCACACGGCCUUGAAGGCGUGGUACAGCGCCGCGAGGGAGUGGAGCCGCAUCCUCGAAAGUCCCGAGUUUCUCAUCACCUUGCAGCUGAAGCCUGGCGAGCCUGUCAUCUUCGACAACUGGCGCGUCUUGCAUGGCCGGCUCGCCUUCAAAGGGCAGAGGAGGAUAUGUGGUGCGUAUGUGGGGAUGGAUGAUUUCAGGGCGCGCUGUAGGGCGUUGGGCAUUGACGUGUAG